AUGUUUAAUGCUUAUCUGAAUGGAGCUUAUCAUUGGUUAGCUGAAUCUGAUAAUGUUGAAUUUGUGCUAUGUUUUGACAUGAGUGAUGAUGUGUUUUGGAAAAUGAACCUUCCCCAAGUUAUAUCUCAGGAGGAUAACAACAAAUUUUACAUUAGGCAUUCAAAUAUUGUUGUAUUGAAUGAUCGUGUUGGUUAUGUUAGGGAGCACAUACGUUCUGAAUUUCAUUUUGAGAUUUGGAUGAUGAAUGAAUAUGGCGUGGAAGGUUCUUGGGUGAGAAUGUUUAACCUUGCCCGCAAACCUUGUCCUGAAAUUCUUUUGGAGUUCUGGAAUAAAGACGAUGAAGAUAUUUUUGUACUAGGAGGAGAUGAGUAUCAACCGUUGGUUUUGCACAAGAUUGGUAAACAAGAGGUGGUGAAAGAGUUUCCUCUUCGCUUAGGAAUUGAGAAUCGUGCUUUUAAAUAUGUGGAAAGUCUUGUUCCUCUAUCUGGUUUGGUUCAUGAGGAAGCAUGA